CUGGCGUUUCCCAUUUAUUGAUUUGUUUAAUGCACAGAUCGAGGCAAGGAAUAAGUGGAAAACCAAAAUCAGCAGUGAUUUACACUUUAUAUGUAUGUGUAUACUGGAGAAGGCGUUGUAUAAAAGCAGAGUCGUGAUCCAAAAUAGGGGGGGAAAAUGUGAUCAUCGUGACCUUUGCAGGUUGCCCUUAAUGUUCAAAGGGCCUCUCAACCCCCACCCUACAGUGCUGGAGGAGAAAGGGUAGGUCAAAAAGCAAAAGCUACCGUGUGGAAAAUGAGUUGCAGUAACAGCCUCGUUCAGGUGCAAAAAGUGGUGGAGCAGCUUCGGCUGGAGGCAACUAAGGAGAGAAUAAAGAUCUCCAUAACAGCAGUAGAUUUGGUCCAGUACUGCCAGGACAACAAGCGCAGUGACCCUCUGAUCUCCGGCGUGGCUGCCUCCUCCAACCCAUUCAAAGAUAAGAAGUCCUGUGUGCUGCUUUGAGACUGCACAAUCCAGAUGCUUGCAGCUCAGCAGAACAUUUAGCAGUCAUUUGAUGUUCAUUUCAAUUCCUCGGUGCAAAAUUUGUAGUGCUUGUCUAGAUCUGAUCAAUAUAAUCUUAUUUGAAUGCUUUAUUAACACACACGUAUUACUUUGCGAACAAAUAAAUGUUUUGCAAAUUGA